ACACACACACACACACACACACACACACACAGAGUAGGGGAACCGUCACUUUCCUACGCGCCCGCUGACAUCAGCCACCUUCUCUGUAGCUAGUUUCUCUGCACUCAACUUAAUCCCUGGCAAUGAAAAAUGAACCUCUCCCCCACCCUUGCUGCCGCCUCUCGCCUCACGCCCCCAGAGAAGAGUUUCUCCGCCAGGCAGCAGGUGAAGGUUUUUUUCCAAGUCACAUGAUUCAGGAUGCAGGGGGAGAAUCCUUCUUGGAACAGAGAUGAGCCCAGAGCUGAAUCAGAUGAGGAGAGAUAAGGUGUGAUGUGGCGAAGACUAUAUAAAGAAUGGACCCAGGGCUGCAGCAAGCACUCAACGGAAUGGCCCCUCCUGGAGACACAGCCAUGCAUGUGCCGGCAGGCUCCGUGGCCAGCGACCUGGGGACCACCAGCCGUAGCUAUUUCUAUUUCACCACAGCCACGCUGGCUCUGUGCCUUGUCUUCACGGUGGCCACUAUUAUGGUGUUGGUAGUUCAGAGGACGGACUCCACUCCCAGCCCACCUGACAACAUCCCCCUCAAAGGAGGAAAUUGCUCAGAAGACCUCUUAUGUAUCCUGAAAAGGGCUCCAUUCAAGAAGUCAUGGGCCUACCUCCAAGUCGCAAAGCAUCUAAACCAAACCAAGUUGUCUUGGAACAAAGAUGGCGUUGUCCAUGGAGUCAGAUAUCAGGACGGGAAUCUGGUGGUCCAGAUCCCUGGUUGGUACGUCAUCAUUUGCCAAAUGCAGUUUCUUGUACAAUGCCCAAAUAAUUCUGUUGACCUGAAGUUGGAGCUUCUCAUCAACAAGCAGAUCAAAAAACAGGCCCUGAUGACAGUGUGUGAGUCUGGAAUCCAAAACAAAAGUGUAUACCAGAAUCUCUCUCAAUUCUUGCUGGAUUACCUGCUGGUCAAUACCACCAUAUCAGUCAAUGUGGAUACAUUCCAGUACAUAGACACAAGCACCUUUCCUCUUGAGAAUGUGUUGUCCAUCUUCUUAUACAGUAGUUCAGACUGAACAGUUUCUCUUGGCCUUCAGGAAGAAAGUGCCUCUCUACCAUACAGUAUCUCAUCCAUCCAAACACUUGGGCAAAAAGAAAACUUUAGACCAAGACAAACUACACAGGGUAUUAAAUAGUAUACUGUCUCUUGGGAAGAGACAGCUCCCGGGUUAAAAAGAGAGUUUUGAGUGAAGUAUCUUUCAGAUAGCAGUCAGGGAAGCAAUGUAGUGUGGUGGGCAGAGCUCCACAUGGGAAUCAGAAUGGAUGAAUGGAUGUCUCAGCCCAACCACCAAUUCACUGUAUGGUCUUGAUCUAUUUCUUCUGUUUUGAGAGCCUCCAGAUAAAAUGGGGCUCCAGUACCAGAGCGGCUAGCAACCGUGCCCUAAUGGGAAAUGAAGGGGAGCUUGGUGUGAGUGUUUACAGUGUACCCUUCACGGGAUACUUCCUUUAUCUGCAGAUGGCCUAAUGCUUAAUUGUCCAACUUGUGAUCAAGGACUCUCUCACACAGGAAACUUCUCUAUACUGGCAGAUACGCUUGUGACUUGUGUCUGAACCGUGCCCAGUUUAUUCCUGUCUGGCCAUCACUUUGGCACUAGGAGCCUGACCUUGUGUUCCACACAACCCCGCCCUUAGGAACCUCCAGGGAAAACCAUGCCUGAGGCAGCCCCUCAUUCUUGAGAUGGAAAGCACAAAUUUAAUACACCACCACAAUGGAAAACAAGUUCAAAGACUUUUACUUAUAGAUCCUGGACAGAGAGGCCAUAAUGAGUCUGAAGGGCAGUCAUCCUUCUCUGGGUUACAUGAGGCAGGAAUGAGGAGUCAGACAUUGAGAGCAAGCCAAUUAACAACCUAGGUAAAUAAAUAGGGUGUGAUCACUCUCAAUUCACUGGCAAAUGCUUGAGAGGUCGGUUUGACGGAUGCAACAGAACAGUGGGAAAUCUAGUCUGCUAGACAAGAGAGAGAUGCCUCUCAGUUCUUGUCUCUGGCCAGAGGUGUGGCAUAGAACUGGAAAACCCUACCAAGGGUGACUAAGCCCAGCUUCUGGUAUGAGAACAUUAAGCUUGUAUGCAAAAUGGAUGCCAAAGCAACAUAAAAUUAUAAGAAUUCACCAUACUUUCCCCUCCCUGGAACCCAGGAUCCAAGUCUAGCAAAUGAAAGGACUGGGUUUGAAUUGCUUCAAAACCUUUUCUAUCUCAGAAGAGCAGACCCUUUGAACUGAGAUUCCAGAUGCAAUUUUGGAAGCUCUCCAACCAAAAUAAGGCCCCCCUACCACAGUAUACCAUUGAAGACACUAGUACUGAUCUGACCUCAUCUCAGCAGAGCCAGAAUAUGGGGGACAAGGUUCAGGGUGCCUUGCUUAAUGGUAUGAACUGCAGGAUCUAAAGGAUGUAAUGGAAAGGACUAUUUCAGGGUUUUUUCUUUUCUACCAUGACCCAGAAGAAAUGUCAUGUUGCCAACGAGGACUAAAAAAAAAAAAAAAAAAAAAAAAAAAAAAAAAAAAAAAACUUACUGUUGACCACCUGAAUCUAAGAGACUGAGCAUCCAGAAUCUAAGAGACCGUCUGGGUGUUUGGGAAGCCACCUGACGAGGCCUGACUCUAUAUCAAUUAGACUGACAAUAAUUGAGCAGCAGGCGCUUUUCAUUUCCUGCCAGGAAGGUAUUGUGCCUUUAGCAAACAAUCAGUGUGUAAUAGUGAUGUGGUCAUCUAGCCAGGGAAUGGCUGCUCCAUCUCCUGCAUGAUAUAUUCCUGCUUCAAACACCUCUCAGAAAACCAGUUCCGUGGAGAGCUUUUGAAUUCCCACAAAGUUGUUGACAGACAAUUAUGACCCCGAAAGUGGGGAGGACUUCUGAGAAACAGCAACCUCCUCUCCUGCUUGGGAUAGCCACAUGGGAUUUCUCUAGUUGUGUCCAACUUGGCAUCCGCACAUCACCUUUGGAGGAGCACCUUGACAAGCCAUUUGAGAUGGAAGGUAGGCCCUGAGGCUAUGCUUCAGUAAGAAAAGAUGGAAGCUUCCCUGCCAGACCAAAAUAUGGAGCAAAAUUUGCAUUUUUCUCAAGAAGGAGAGAAAAGGAGUAGGAAUCCAGCAAAGUUUGUCAGAAAAAAAGCUAGAAAAGAUUUAAAAGAAAAAAAGAAAGAAAAAAUCAGCAGUGGUGGUAUGGAUGAGAGGGACCUGAGAGAACAAAAAUGGCUAAGGGAAAAUUUUAAGUCAUCUGCUGAGCAGUAUGCUAUGUCAACCUUCUCCUAAGUCUCCUCUAUGACAUAUUCAGUAAAGUCUACAUUUCUCUUUAACUCUUUCUGUGAGUAGAUUCUUUGGGAGAAGCAGAAAUUGGAAAAGGUGUUGAAUUCAGCAAGCCAAGUGGUCUGUGGUAAAAACAGACUUUGAGACUCAAAGCUAAAAAAAAAAAAAAAA